UGUCAGGCUGCGCUAGUUCUGGAACUACAAUUACUUUGCACUGCAAGAUGUGAAGUAGCUUCCAAUAGGGAUGGAACUUUAAAUCCGUGUCUGUCAACAUCAGCUCUGGAUAUUUAUGAUUUGGUUUUGAGAUCGGCUUCAGUUAGAUUAAAGACGUUCAAUUCACAGUCAGGAGCUUCCCCCAACUUCCAUUGUGUGAACACUUGGGCCCAAGUUCCAUUCAUCAUUACUUUAAGGUUUCUAUGAUUGCAGAACAAGAAAGACAGAGGUAAACAUUCAAUGAACUAACAACAAGAAGACCCAGUGGACCAAGAGAUAGAUGUCUAAACUCUCUAAAUGCAUUUUGAGUAUCAGAUGUUCAUCAUUCAUGAUUAAAAUGUGGAGCUUUAUUCCAGUUUGCCACCUCUUUACGGUUUGUGGAGGAAUGUCACUGGCCUCUUCCAGCAGCACCACUGAAGUUGCGGUAGGAGAGAAAAUCCUGUUUUCCGUAAAUCUCCAUGAGGAAGAUAACUAUAUGGUACAACUAUCUGGUCCACAAGACAUUUCUAUUGGAACAUGGACAUUUAACAAGGCAGUGAUAUCACAGGACAUACACCCCAAGUAUAAAGACAGAGUCCAAUGGAAUAUGAAUGGUUCUCUGACAUUGGAUAAUGUUCAGAUCAAUGACAGUGGAAAAUAUACAAUAGAAAUCAACUUCCUCAGUCACGAUACAAACAUUGUUGAAAAAGAUUUUAACUUGUUUGUGUUUGAACCAGUUUCUCAGCCAACUGUGACAGUUGUUGAUAAUUGUUCAACUCCAAGCAUCACCCUGAGCUGUCUGGUCUCCUCCGGAACUGAUGUCACAUUUCACUGGAGAAAGCAGCAUGGAGCCAAUGAUGAUAUAUUCAAUGGAUCAGAACUAGUGAUCAAUAGAGGUACUGAUGGAGAACAGCCUACGUAUAUCUGUCUAGCAGAGAACACAGUCAGUAAUGCAAGCAGUGAGCCAGUGAAGACCAAGAAAUGUAGUAAAGGUACUUUGCUGUGGAUGAUAUCAUUUGGUCUGAUACCAGUGGCAGUUAUUGCUUGGAUUUUAAUGAAUUCUAUAAAAAUCGGUAGAAAAUCUCAGGAACUUAAUGAAGAAACAGUCAUCUUCACAAAUGAACUGUCGGAAAUGUGGAGAUUACUUUGGCAUCAAGAGGAAAGCCUAGCCAGCAUAAACUCCUUUUUGAGGAGAGUACACAAUCAACAGUUCCUAACUGGGCAUCUUGGUGAGUCCUUAUGAAGGGUUUGGGCCUGAAACAUCAACUGCUUAUUGCCCUCCUCAGGUGCUGCCUGACUUGUAGAAUUCGAUCAGCAUUUUUUGUGUGUUGCUGAAAAUUUCCAAAUUCUGCAGAAUCCUUUGUGUCUAUAAACUCCUUUUCUGGGUAUUAACAGUUCUAUUGUUUGACUGUUCAGGCAGGGCCAGGGAAACCUGCUAGAUA